CAUGCGGUAGUGUGUAAGCAGUCUGGAGUUACAGGAGCGUAGUGGUCGCAAAACAAGUCUAAUGCUCGAACCAAGGAUGUCUAUAUCAAAGAGGAAGGUGGACUACGACUGACUGACUUUUAAUUGCCUUUUCAUGCAAAGAGGUUGCCCAUUAUUAACAUGAUAGAAUGGUCAGCUGCAGUGCCCACUCCAAAGAUGGCGGCACUUAGCCGGGUUCGAGCCCUCGUAUUGGUGUUCUUAACUGUCAGUGGCUGUUUGAUAAGCUUGACAGGUGCCAGGGAAAGCGCAGAACAGACGGUCAUUAUCGGUCUUAGACUGGAAGAUACAGACGACGUUUCCUUUAUGGACAGAGGUACCCUGCGGAUCAGCGAGAAGUCUCGUGUCAAGUUGAGGGUAUAUGGGCAAAACAUUAACAACGAGACAUGGUCCAGAAUUGCAUUCACGGAGCACGAGCGCACAAGACUGUUUGGCAACAUUGACAGUUCUUUCGGGGACAACGAGAGCAAAGAGCACAUCACUAAUAUUCAUCCCUGUGGCAUUAGAACCUCAGACAUAGUUAUUCUGCCAAACAUUGUCGUCAACAGAAAGACGUCUGGGGUUGUUGAAAUGGAAGUCAAACCCCUGAGAAAGACCGAAAGGAGUAAAGCGUACUAUCUCUGUGUUACAACCUCAACGCGUGCUCUGGCUGGCCUACACGAUCCUUGGACGGAAAACACCUGGGUCUACCACGAUGGCCAGGACACCAAAGUCAUAGUUGUGGAGGAGAGGAAGUUCUUGCUUCCCUUCUGGCUGCAGGUAAUCUCUAUCGCGAUGCUGCUCUGCUUGUCCGGCAUGUUCAGCGGACUGAACCUGGGGCUGAUGGCGCUGGAUCCGAUGGAGCUUCGGAUUGUUCAAAACUGCGGCACAGAAAAGGAGAAGAAUUACGCCAAGAAGAUCGAGCCCGUGCGAAGUCAGGGUAAUUACCUGCUCUGCUCGCUACUUUUGGGGAACGUACUAGUCAACACUACCUUGACCAUUUUGUUGGAUGAUAUUGCAGGUUCUGGGUUGAUUGCGGUCGUGGUGUCAACUAUUGGAAUAGUGAUAUUCGGUGAGAUCGUGCCGCAGGCUAUAUGUUCACGGCACGGUCUUGCAGUUGGAGCUAACACCAUAUUCCUGACCAAGUUUUUCAUGCUGAUGACAUUCCCAGCUUCCUAUCCAGUGAGCAAACUGUUAGAUCAUGUCUUGGGGCAGGAGAUCGGAACGGUGUACAAUCGAGAAAAGCUCCUAGAGAUGCUGAGGGUGACGGAUCCUUAUAAUGAUUUAGUGAAAGAGGAGCUGAACAUCAUUCAGGGUGCGCUCGAGCUCAGGACUAAGACCGUGGAGGCUGUGAUGACGCCGCUGAGAGACUGUUUCAUGAUUGCCAAAGAUGCUAUUCUGGACUUUGGUACCAUGUCGGAAAUUAUGGAGAGCGGGUACACACGCAUACCCGUCUUUGAAGGGGAUCGAUCUAACAUUGUGGAUCUGUUGUUUGUCAAAGACUUGGCAUUUGUGGAUCCGGAUGACUGCACGUCUCUAAAAACCAUUACUAGGUUCUACAGUCAUCCGAUGCAUUUUGUAUUCAAUGACACCAAGUUGGAUGCUACGCUAGAGGAAUUUAAGAAAGGUAAAUCCCACCUGGCCAUCGUCCAGAGGGUGAACAACGAGGGGGAGGGCGACCCGUUCUACGAGGUCCUGGGCAUCGUCACCCUGGAGGACAUCAUCGAGGAGAUCAUCAAGUCCGAGAUCCUGGAUGAGACCGACUUGUACACUGACAACAAGUCUAAGAAGAAGAUUGUCCAUCGGGAGAGGAAGCAGGACUUCUCAGCCUUCAAGCCCACAGACAGCGAGAUGAAAGUCAAAGUAUCACCUCAGCUUCUGCUGGCUGCCCUGCGUUUCCUAGCAACAGAAGUGGAGCCCUUUGGCCCCUGUCACAUGUCAGAGAGGAUCCUGCUGCGCCUCCUCAAGCACCCCAAUGUCAUCCAGGAGCUGAAGUACGACGACAAGAACAAGAAGGUUCCAGAACACUACCUCUUCCACCGCAAUAGGCCGGUGGACUACUUCAUCCUGCUGCUGCAGGGGAAGGUGGAGGUGGAGGCAGGAAAGGAGGGGAUGAAGUAUGAAGCUGGACCUUUUUCCUAUUAUGGAAUGAUGGCUCUGAUGGCCUCUCCGGUUCCUCUCUCCCUUUCUCGUACGUUUGCUGUCAGUAGGGCGGAGUCGCUUGCGGGAUCGCCAGAGAAUAAAUCUCCGCCGCGGUCGUUCGGGUUGAACCACUCGGACUCCCUGAGCCGCGGCGACCGGAUGGACGCCAUCACGCCCACACUGGGGAGCAGCAACAACCAGCUGAACGCCUUCCUGCAGAUCUACGUCCCCGACUACUCCGUCAGGUGCGCCAGCGACCUGCUCUACAUCAAGGUGACUCGGCAGCAGUACCAGAACGCACUCAUGGCCUCGCGGCUAGACAAGACGCCGCAGUCCUGCGACGGGGAGUACACGAGACUGGAGCUGACGCUGACGGAGAUCCCCGACGGCUCGCGGGGCGAGACUGCCAACCUGCUGAACUGCCUGGGGCGCGGAAAGGCGAACCGCGCGCCCCACAGCGAGGGCGCGAUCUAGGAGGGAGGGGCAGGAUCGCCGCCGCAAACGCCAAACGCGCUGCAGCACUCGCGGCUCGGAGCCCGGUAAAACGGGCGUGUCAUCUCUCUCGCUGGACGGACCGCGCACACGCGCGUCCCCAGACCAAAGAGUUUGGACCGCUCUCGUUUAGGGGGAGGAACAAGAGGUGACCGAGGUGACCGCUGUGGGGAGGGAGAGGGGAAAAAAAACACCAAAAAAACAAAAUUAGCGGAAAGAGUGCCGAGAUCAGAAUGUGCCAAAUGCUGCCAUCAUGGCAACCGUGAACCAAGAAUGUUUUUGUUAAUUUAUUUUAUCAAUGUGUGUUUAUAUACGGUAUCUCCUUACGGUCCUGUGUAACUGAUCAUGUUGGGGAGAUUUAUAAAUGUGUAUUACUACAUAUCGGUGCAACAAAUCUUAAAUCAGUUUUUUUUUUGUUAUUCUAGUGGACCACACUGAUAAUUUAUUUUAUAUGACUGUAUUUCAAAUGAUUAUAUAGCAGAUUGCAGAUCUAACUUGAUUUUUAAAAUAUGUCGUCUUUAAGGGCAAAGCAGCCUAAAAUCACUAUUUUUACUUUUUCUGGCAUGUAGCACUAUAUUUCCUUUUUGAUACUCAUUUGUAUGAGCGCAAUUGAGUCUGAGGUGGGAGAACACGUUCAUGUCCGUAGGUCUGUCACGUUAGUCACGAGGUAUAUACAAAAGGUCAGAGGUCAGUCUGCUGCUCAUUUAGCAAUGUUCAGUGCAUGAUUUUGUUUGUUUUUUCCUCAUUCAUACAGCCAGCUAACACUGUGGAAAUGGCUUCUUCUUCUGAAACUCCAUAAAUGCACUUUGUCAAUGGAAAAAGUGACAAGAACUAACAACGGCUUCAGUUCGUUAAUUUCACAAACGAGCGGAGUAUGACAUUGUUGAUCCGCAUGUGGUCUUCUUAUAUACAGAUUUUAUAAGACACGAAGUACAGGUGGAUCCUCAGAUCGUGCACCACAAUUGAAUUUCAAGUUCAGAAAUUCUAGAAAAUUUAUGGUCCCAUCCAUAACCACCUUUUUGUGUAUAAAGUCAGUGUCUUUAUUUCCCAUGGCCCAGAACGAAUAAAAUGUUUUGUUAAUAGAAAAGGCGUAUGCAUCUAAAAGGACUGCAUCCAUGCCUGUGACUCUACAGUGUGUGGACUUUCACAGGAAAGAUCUCACAGAAGCACACUGAGAGAAGCCCUGUCUGUCUACCUCCAUCUGUCCACGUCUCUCACAGUCUGAAGAUUUAAGAUAAGGAGCUGCUACAGCCUCUCGGCUGCCGUGUACACACCCCUCAUCCUGGGCUGUCCCGUCGGAAAAAGCGUGCGUGUGUCCAGAAUGCUGGACCAGAAUGCCGAACCGGAAUACUGGACCGAAAUGCCAAACCAGUUCACGUUGUUGGUCCUGACAGAUCUCACCUGGGCAGACAGGUAGCUGUCAGAAAACAGGACCUUAUUUAUAUGCAGUUUUUGUACCAAUAAUAUAGUAUUAUAUAAUAUUAACCUGAAUGAUAUAUACUUGUGUAUAUGCACACUGAUCAGUGUUGUUGGUACAAUAAAGAAUGAAGGUUCAAUGUAA